AGGAGACAUUGCUGGAACUGGCAGGAGAGGAGUCUACAGAGAGGCGUGUCCUGUAUACAUCACAUGACCACAUCAAUAAGAAUGGACAAGAAGCAUUGUCACAUGACUGAGAGGGUAUUGGACCUCACUGUGGAGAUCAUCUACAUGCUGACCGGAGAGGACUAUGAAGUAGUGCAGAAGACUUCUAAGGAGCCACUGACCCCGACCAGUCGUCCCCAUGUUACACCCACACCAAAAUCCCGGAAACCUAAUAUACUCAACAUUCAGAAGAUUCUAGAGGCCACCUACAAGAUGAUUGAGCUGCUGAGCGGAGAGGUUCCAAUAAGAAGUGAAGAUGCUGCUGAGCAAUGGGAGGAUUCAGAAGAUCAAAAGGAUCUCUACAAGGACGUCAUGAUGGAGAAUCAGCCGCCCCUCACAUCACCGGGUGACUCCAGUACCAGAAGUCCACCAGAGAGAUGUCCCAGCCCCGUUUAUUUCCAGGAUUCCACACAAGAAGAUUACAGCAUGCCCCAACAAUACCAGGGGCAAGAUCUCAUUAUUAUGAAAAUUGAGGAUAAGGAGGAAGAAGAAGAGACAUAUAUAAGGCCUGAUCAACGGUCUACAGAGGAGGAAGAAGUCAUGGUUACCAUUAAAGAAGAGGAAUUUCCAUUAGACAUCAACACUGCAGGUGGAUAUAAUGUCCAGGAUACUUUGGAGAGACAACUUUCAUCUUCAGAUUGUAAUGUAGAAGAUAAUGGCACAGAAGAAUAUUCACCGGGAGUAAACCUUUACUGUGCAGAUGGGUCGCCAGGUCCUUCUCAUCUGGAAGAGUCUUUCGAAAAUUCACACAUUAUUAACAAAAUAAUCUAUCCAAGACUUCAGAGUGUAGAUAGAUCCUCAAAUCUUCAGAGAUCAUCUUCCGGAAAUUUAGAUAGCGUUGCUAACAUAGAAGACAAAAGAUCCCCAGGUUCUGAGACUGAGAGAGGUUUAAUUUCAGAAAUAUCUCUAGGUGAAGAAGAAAGCACA